AUGCCGUCACAAUCCUCUAAUAGUAGUAGUGACAGGAGCGAUCUUGAAACCAUACAAAUACAAGAACACACCCCCGAGCUGCCGACUCACGAAUCAACAGCCGGUCAACAAAACAACCCUCACAUCGAUACACCCGACAACAUCGAAAUGGUGUCGAUUGAUAAACUAUAUAAUACCAAAGUGGCUGCCAAUCUGUAUACAGAACUAGUUUCAGAAGAAGAGACUGUAACCGAACAACCAACGCAACCCCCAGCUAACUCACACCCGUCAUCAUACUUGCAAACUUUAGAAGAUUUACCUCAGGGGAGGCACUUGGGGCUAUACUCAACAAUCAUAUUGUUCAUCAGUAGGAUACUAGGGAGUGGGAUAUUCAGUAUCACAUCUGGAAUAUACAUUGAUUGCGGCCAGAGCCCCUUUCUUUUCUUCCUCGCUUGGCUCGUUGCGGCAAUUGCCUCAUUUGGAGGUUUAUAUGUAUUUCUCGAAAUGGGGUCGUUGGUACCCAGAAGUGGAGGCGCCAAAGUGUUUCUAGAGUUCAUUUAUACCCAGCCCACAUUGUUGGCAACUGUCGCGUUUUCAAUCUACCUGGUCAUGUUUGGUUUCACGAUUAGUAAUGUGUUGGUCUUUGGUGAGUACUUUAUUCACGCUUUGGGCAUCACCAUAACUCCAUGGAGAAUCAGAGUCACUGGGUUAUUGUUUCUUUAUGGAGCGGCAUUGAUACAUGGUGUGAGUGUUAAUCAUGGCGUCAGAGUGCAAAACAUCCUUGGCGCUUUGAAAUUGGUCCUUGUUGGAAUCAUGGUCGUUAUGGGUUUAUACGUGAUAGUUCUUCCACAAGCUGUGACUGGAUUGGAAAGUUAUUUGUCAUGGAACGAUUUUUGGCAAGUGAAAGCUAAAGCCACAGUAUCCUCAUUUUCCAGUGCCGUUAUCAAAGCUAGUUUUGCAUUCAGUGGUUGGAACUCGGUGCAUACAGUCUCAAACGAGAUACAAGAUCCCAUAAGGACACUCAAGGUUGCUGGCCCAGUGUCACUUGCAAUCAUGGCGAUCACCUACGGCAUUAUCAACUUGGCGUACUUGAUUGUAAUUCCUGACCAAGAGAUUGUCAAUUCGUCAACAUUGGUGGGAUCCUUAUUAUUCGAAAAGAUUUUUGGAAAGAGUUUGGGACGCCAUUUCCUCACUUUUGCCAUUGCAAUCUGUGCCGGGGGCAACAUAUUUGUUGUCAUUUACACAAUAUCCAGGGUUGAUCAAGAGGUGUUUCGUGAGGGAUACUUGCCAUUUUCAAGAUUCAUGUCGUCAAACUGGCCAUUUGGGGCACCCUUACGAAUCCUUAUUUUGAGCUGCUCGAUUACUACCGUUAUCAUAUUGGGAUUCCAUGAAGGAGACGUGUACAGCUACAUGGUUUCACUUGAAGGAUACCCACAACAAAUUGCAAUUGCGUUGAUUGCCGUUGGGAUUUUCAUUAUUCGGAAAAGAUACCCUGAAUUACAUGCUCCAAUCAGAGCUGGCUAUUUUGGUACAAUAGCAGUUCUAUUAAUCAGUAUCUACUUGGUUGUCGGCCCUUUCAUUUCAUCAAGCUCGCCGAAUCCAAAAGGUUUGGAACACUGGCCCAAUUACGGCUUGGUCGGUUUAGUAUGCGUCUUGUUAUGUGUUUUAUAUUGGGCAGUCAUGUUUAGGAUUUUGCCAUGGUGGGGAGACUAUCAGUUGAUGGUUGAGGAGGCAACUUUAAGUGACGGAUUGACAGUGAAAUCUUGGGAAAAGGUACUGGGUAGUACCCCUUAUAGAACUUUACUUGACGAGACAGUUGGGUAG